AUGGCAGCUACUCGAUCGGCUAUAAUUAGUAUAUUUAUAAUAACAUGCAUAUUUUCACUGACUCUUAUUACUUUGUAUUUAAAUUAUGGUUCGAAACAAUGUCACGAAGGUACAUUCUUGUGUAACAAUUCGGAUAUAUGUAUCCCAAAUAAAUACAGGUGUAAUAAUUUUCGCGAUUGCCCACACGGAGAAGACGAAAACCAACUCACUUGUGCUGAUUUGUUUGGAGGUAUACAAUUUUAUGGCCAAGCUAUAAAAAGUAAUUUCACAGGCCUCAAAAGACAUCCUAUUCCUUGUGCUUUAAAUGGAUAUCCGGUCAAGUGUGAUUGUAGAAAUGGAACAUCGUUACGUUGCAAUAAUGUUGGACUGACAAAAGUACCAAAAAAUGUUUCAUCGAACGUAAAAAAGAUAUUGAUGAUAAACAACUCUGUAGUGCUUUCAAAUGAUUCGUUCGAAGGAUAUCAUUUGUUAAGAGUUAUACACUUGCAAUAUAAUCAAUUGUCAAAAGUACCUCCGUUUGUUUUCAAACAUCAAAAUAAUCUAAUUUGGCUCCAUUUGUUAAAUAAUAACUUGAAAGUAUUGGAAGAAGACGCUCUUUACGGAUUAAAUAAUGUUGUGACUUUAUUUUUGGAUUACAAUUACUUAGAGUUUCUGAAUUUAAACUCUUGGAAGCAUAUGACUAAAUUAACGUGGCUAGAUUUAUCACAUAAUUUGUUGACUUUUAAGAAUGAAAAUUUUCCUAUUUUAAUAAAUCUAACACUUCUGCAUCUUAAUUGGAAUUGCAUUGAAACAAUAAAUGAGUUUCUAUUUUAUGGAUUACCAAACAUACGAGAUUUGGAUUUAGGUAACAAUGCAAUUACAGUAAUUCACAAAAGUGCAUUUAAAAAUUUAAAAAAACUUGUUGAACUAAAUAUAAUCAACAAUAAAAUUACAACAAUCGCACCAGAACUAUUUCAUCCAUUACAAUUAUUGAACAAAUUAGCAAUAGGAAAUAAUCCAUUAACACAAAUAAACGGUGAUGUUUUCACUGGAAUAAAAAACCUUUACUCUUUAGAUAUGAAUGGUAUUAAUAAAGAUAACAUUGAUAUGUCAUUAUUUAAUAAUCUGGAUAACCUUCAAUUCCUUUACUUAAAAGAAUUUCAUUAUUGUGUUUUGUAUGUUAAACGUGUUGAAGUUUGUUUACCGAAUACGGAUAGUCUGUCUUCAAGUUUAAAUCUUCUUCCGAAUUCAAUUUUUCGAUGGUUUUUAUGGAUGAUAACAGUUUUUACAUUGAUUAUGAAUGCACUGGUACUAUAUGGCCGGAUGUUUAGUAAUUUUGGAGACGAAAACAAAGCGAUUAACUUUGUCAUACGAAAUUUGGCUGUUGCAGAUCUGUUUAUGGUGAUAUAUUUAACGGUUAUUGGUUAUCACGAUAUAAUAUACCGUAGUAAAUAUUAUCGUUAUGCACAGGAAUGGGAGUCAUCCUAUUUAUGCACAGCAAUUGGCAUGAUUGCAGUAAUUUCGUCAGAAGUUUCUAUGCUUAUAUUAGUGUUUCUAAGUUUGGAAAGGUUUUUAUUAAUUGCCGUGCCACUUUCUGGGUAUCAAGUUUUGAAAUUAAAAACAGCAAUUUACAUUAUGGUAUCGAUUUGGUUUGUUGGAAUAUGUAUAUCAAUAGCACCACUAAUUUUAUGGAAACAUUCAUCAAAAUUUUAUGGAUCUAACGGACUCUGUUAUCCUUUAUAUAUUGAAGAUCCAUUUGUUAUUGGAUGGCAAUAUUCAGCAUUUAUGUUUUUAGGUUUACAUACUACAAGUUUAUUGCUUUUGACCGUUUUAUAUGCAUUAAUGUUCAUAAAUGUAAGAAAAACAAGACAAGCUGCUCGCAUAUCUACUGGUGAUUUUGAUUUUGCAGUUCGUUUUUUUUUCAUCGUCUUGGCAAAUUGCAUUUGUUGGUUACCAAUUAUAAUUUUGAAGUUUGCUGCAUUAAAAAAAUUCCAUAUCUCAAGUAAAAUAUACGUGUGGUUAAUAAUAUUUGUUGUGCCCAUCAAUGCAUUUGUAAACCCAUUAUUGUACACUUUUACAACACCCAAGUACAGGAGCGUAAUAACUUCAAAGAAGAUAUUUAAGAUACCUUACUCAAUCAACGGUGUGAUAGAAUCUUCACUGUCUUCAUAUCCUUCAAUAUCAACGAAUCAUAAAACUUUAAAGAAAAAUGAAAAGAAAUUGGAAAUUACACCAAAAGAAGAACUUAAAAUUCAAGAAAGCAGCGUUGAAACUACAAACGGAGAAUAAAUCAAAUAUCCAAUAUUAAUUUGUAGCAUAGAAUACAAUUACAUAUCAUACUUAUUUUAGUAGUAUAAAAUAAAAAAAAACGUUUGAAAUUGAUAUUUAAUAUUUAAUGAAUGCUAUAAAUUAUCU